CGGACGAAAGUAUUGGACUUUAAUUCGUUCGUUUCUACAAAAGAGAUUUAAAGAACAACCAAUGGCAUAAAAAUUAUCACACGGAAAUAGAAGUAAUUAAAUCAAUUAAAUAGCAAAAAUUUUCAGAACAGCCGUAAUAAUAUUGCACGACGAAUUCUGUGACUGUCGUAAUAUUAAGUGUUAAGGUUUCAGUUUUUCACAAAGUGGAAGCCAUCGAAACACAUUGCCUGUUCUUCAUUGUUGCUGUGUGGCACUAUACUUAAAGUUUUAAGGUACAUACAAAUAUAAAAAGUGCUCCUUUAUAUACAGAAAGAUUAAAAAUGUUGUAAAAUCAAUGACUUAAAAUGAAACUGUCAGGGUAUCAUAUCACCAUAGACGGAGCAGUUCCUUAAAGGCAGUAAUGGCUGUCAAAGGGCUGGUAGCAGCAAUUGUUCAAUUCUUAACCCAGCAAUUAGAAGAAGGUGAUAUUACAGCAGAUUCUCGAGAGAGCCUUGAAGUAGCAAUACAGUGUUUAGAAAGUGCUUAUAAUGUACAAGCAUCUGAUACUCCAACAAAUUUUAACUUAUAUGAAAUAUACAAGUCUUCCAUCGAAAAUGCAAAGCCCAAUUUAGCUCCAGAAGCUACUCCAGAAGCAAAACUCGAAGCUGAAAGAUUAAAAAAUGAAGGAAAUACUCUUAUGAAAGCUGAAAAACAUCACGAAGCUCUUACUAAUUAUACAAAAGCAAUUCAAUUAGAUGGUCGUAAUGCAGUAUAUUAUUGUAACCGUGCUGCAGCAUAUAGUAAAAUUGGCAAUUAUCAACAAGCAAUUAAAGAUUGCCAUACUGCAUUAUCCAUUGAUCCUUCGUAUAGUAAAGCAUAUGGACGAUUAGGUUUAGCAUAUUCUAGUCUCCAAAGACAUAAAGAAGCUAAGGAAAGUUAUCAAAAAGCUUUGGAGAUGGAACCUGACAAUGAAAGUUAUAAAAAUAAUUUACAAGUAGCAGAAGAAAAAUUAACUCAGCCAAGCAUGAGCAAUAUGUCAUUAAGUGGAGGUACAUUGCCAGGCAUGGAUCUCAGUUCACUCCUAAGUAACCCUGCUCUUAUGAACAUGGCCCGUCAAAUGUUAUCUAAUCCAACACUUCAAAACAUGGUGAGCAAUUUUAUGAGCGGUCAAGUAGAACAAGGAGGACAUAUGGAUGCUCUUAUAGAAGCUGGUCAACAUUUUGCUCAACAAUUACAAAAUGCGAAUCCUGAAUUAAUUGAAUCCUUAAGAAGGCAAAUGGGAGGAAAUCCAAAUGAUCCAGAUCCACCACAACAAAAUUAAGAAAUCUAUGAUUAUGAUAUAUUUUAAAAAUUCCACAUAAAAUGAAAAUAACUAAAUUUAAUUCGAACACAUACAUAGUCACAGAACAGUGUGUAUCAUUUUUAAUAUGAAAAUGUGAAAAAUGAUGACUAAGAUUAACUUACAUUACCACUAUCUUAAAAUGAUAUUCAUAUACAUAUACUAUACAAAUUUUCCUAUGACUGAAUUAUUGAACAGAACAUGAUAAUUUGUUUUUUGGGUGUGUGCUGAUGAUGUUUGAUAUGUGAAGAUUAAAUAAUAAAUGUUAGAAUAUAGUGAA